UUUGCAUUGCAAACAAGUUCAUUUAUCGCGAGAAACUUGUGCUAAAUAGGUGAUUAGAUUCUCGUUUAGCGGUGUGUUUUAUAUAAAAGUGGCUUGCUUUUAGAAAUAAAUCAACAUGUGGGAACAGAUAAUAGAAUAUUUAAAAGAUCCUCUACUAGUUAUAAAAGUUCAAAACUUUUUCGGUGUUACUUACAAAAGUAAUGAAAGUAGUCAUAAUAAUGAAUCAUCCGAAGUGGUACAUUCAGAUAGAUUAGAGCGUUUGAACGAGGAGUCUGAGAUCAAGCAGCACAAGAGGAUCCCCAGCAACAUCUCGAGCAGUUCCCAGUCGUCGUGCGACACGGACAGCUCGGCGGAGAGCGGCGGGAAGGAUGCCGUGGAGUGCAGCAUCAACAACAAGUUCUGGUACUACCUGUUCGUGCUGGGCACGGAGCUGGGUGACGAGAUAUUCUACGCGACGUUCAUACCCUUCUGGUUCUGGAACAUCGACGGAGCAGUCGGCAGGAGGGUGGUGCUAGUCUGGACUAUAGUUAUGUAUAUUGGACAAGGUUUCAAAGAUAUAAUCCGGUGGCCUCGGCCUGGCUACCCCGUGAAGAAGCUGCAGCAAAAGUGGGCCAUAGAAUACGGGAUGCCGUCGACGCACGCCAUGGUCGGCGUGUCCAUACCCUUCUCCGUGCUGCUGUACACCAUGGACCGAUAUCAGUACCCCGUGCACUGGGGGGUGCUGAUCGCGGUUUCCUGGUGCACGCUCAUCUGCGUCAGCAGGGUCUACUUGGGGAUGCAUAGUGUGCUGGACAUAGCAGCAGGUCUGCUGCUGGCGACGGCGCUGGUGUCGGUGCUGAUCCCGCUGGUGGACCGGCUGGACUGGUUCCUGCUGACGUCACAGCUGUCGCCCUUCCUCGUCAUCGCGGCCUCCAUACUCGUCAUCGUGUUCCAUCCCAACGCCGAUAAGUGGACACCCACGAGAGGCGAUACGACGAUGAUAGUGAGCGUGUGCGCGGGCAUCCUGACCGGCGCCUGGACGCACUACCAGCUCGGCAACAUGGCGGCCAGCCCCGCCGCCCCGCCCUACCAGAUCAUCUGGCCCUCCUACAACAUGCUCGGCUGCACCAUCCUGCGCACCAUCCUCGGCUUCUGCGGAGUCCUCGCCACCCGGGCCAUAGCUAAGUCCCUCUCCUACGCCUUCGUCUGCGCACUGCUAGGCAAAGACAAAAACGAGCUGCGCAACUCUGAGGACAGCUUAGACAACAAGAACAAAAUCAUCGUCGAACUCAGCUACAAGUACUUCACGUACGGCAUGAUAGGCUUCAACACGACCUACGUGUUCCCCCGCGUAUUCGAUUUGCUGAAAAUCAACAGGCCUACGUAUUACACAGAGAUUUAACGCCUUUACUAGUCUUUUUGGGCUUAGUUAGUGAUGUCGGAAUCUUAUGCGAUGGUGCGUUUAGUUAUCGAUAUCGAUACGCAAGGUUACGUGUAAAUUCAACUCAUUUUAAAAGUCAUUAAAUGAGCUUGAAUGUUAAUGUCUGGACUACAGAAAAUAAUUAAAUCGAAAUGAAAUAGGAAUAAAUUAGGAGUUUCAUGGCCUUAUACUGAGGUGGUCAGGCUUGGUUAGUGAUGUGAAAGAGAUUACGUAGGUAUAUGUAAUUUGUGCAAUAAAUCGAAUUGUUAAACAAAUUAUAUACUAUAAUUAUAAAAUAUGCAGUCUGGUGAAAAAGUUUGUUAUAUAUUUUUGUAUCUAUUGCCUGUCGGAGCCAAAAAUGUGUAAAAAUGUGUAAAAUUUUCAUAAUUUAUUGUUAUUUGUACAUGUUAGGUACAUGUGUUUAAAAUAUAGUCCAGACCUCAUUUAGGUAUCACGUUAUCAGUAGUUUAGAUAAUAUUUAUUCUAUUGUAUUUUCGACAAAAUAUAGUAUUACACACACACAAACAUAGAUUGUACACAAAAGUUUUGCUUACACGCCGAUAGAUGGCACAGCUGUGUUGUACGAAAUUAUAAAUGUUUAUCAAACUUACAGAUACUAAAGUGUAAGUUAAAAUGAACCGUGAUGCCAUAAUAUUUAAAUGGUUUUUAAUAUCUUAGCACAAAUCUUCCUCUCUGUUAAAUGUCAUUAAUACAUUAUACACAUCAUAUUUUUAAAAAAAUAAUUAUGAGCUUUUUAAUGAAAGCUGAAUUUUAUACUUGUACGAAUUAUAUUUUACUAUUUAGAGGCUAGUUUGCACGAAUUGUUAACACUGUUCGGUUGUUAAAUAUUUUGUGAAUUGUAAUUUAUUAAAUAAUUUUCAUCCGAAUGAAACUGGCCAUUUCGAAUACAUUCCUAGAACAUUAAUUUAAUAAUUUAAAGAAAUAAUACUUCAGUAGUUGUGUGUGAAGCAAUAUUUAGUUUAGCCGAGACUUAAACCAAGCGCAAUAUAUUUGAUGUGUUUUAGCAUCGUUGUUAAAGUUCGACUAAUCCUUACUAAUAUUAAACAUGUGAAAGGAACUCUGUUCUUUGCGCUUUACACUGAACCGAUUUAAAAUCAAUUUGGUACCUACACAUACGUAGGCUAAUAUAACCCGAGGCGUAUUGACGCGAGUGAGUAACAAGUGCCUGCGAUACUGAUCUAUACUGUUGUGAGAUAAAUUCUAUAUUGUUAUGUGUAUGUCCACACGAGUAGAGUAUAGUAUCGUCACCAUUAAAUUAUAGUUUUUUUUUUUUUUGUAUUCGAAAGCAAUGGUAUACGUUUUCCGCUGCUCUUGUUAAACUUAAUACCAAUAAAAUUAAUACCAGGUUGUUGUGUUUCAUGUUCUCUGUAUCAUGUCAGGGUGCUAAGUGAGCGAUGUGGACGCGAACUUUCACUUUGCUCACUUCAAAGGGAAAUACGACGGCUAGCGUUCGCAUCCACAUCAUUCAUUUAGUACGCAACGUUAGAUUUUUUGUAAAUAUAUUUCUCUUGUCCUAAAAGGUAAAUAAUUUUAUCAUAAAUUUUAAUACUGAAUUCAUUUUAUUGUAUUUUUUAAACCUUGCGACUUAAUUGUUAACAUUUUAGGACAAGAGAGAAUAAAUGAUGAAUAGAUAAUAAACUGUGUUGAUUAUGGUUGUAUGGUUAUCUAUACAAACUGUAUAGUCUGUAUUAUGUUGUCGUUUGUCACCCCGUUUACUAUAAAUUAUUAUUAUAAAAUUUAUUUUCUUAUUAUAAUAAUUAUAUUAUGAUUAUUUAAAAUUAAAAAGCCACUCAACUUUUA